GGGGGGGAGGGGGGGGGGGGGGCCAACUUCCUGGGGCAGCCCGUGAGGAUGUCGCGGCCACCCCCCGGUGCCCCUCAGCCCCGGAGACCCCCCGCCUGAGGCAUCCGCGGCCCGGAUCCGGCCCCUCCCCUCCCAGGUGCGGGCUGGGCAGGCGGCCGCGGCAGAUUUUAUCAUGUGGGCAACCUGCUGCAACUGGUUCUGCCUGGAUGGACAGCCUGAGGAGGCCCCACCGCCCCAGGGAGCCAGGACGCAGGCCUAUUCUAACCCUGGGUACAGCUCCUUCCCUUCCCCAACAGGCUUGGAACCAAGCUGCAAGGCCUGUGGGGCCCACUUCGCAAACAUGGCCAGGAAGCAGACCUGCUUGGACUGUAAGAAAAAUUUCUGCAUGACCUGUUCGAGCCAAGUGGGUAAUGGGCCCCGCCUCUGCCUUCUCUGCCAACGAUUCCGAGCCACAGCCUUUCAGCGGGAGGAGCUCAUGAAGAUGAAGGUGAAGGACCUGAGGGACUAUCUCAGCCUCCAUGACAUCUCUACCGAAAUGUGCCGGGAGAAAGAGGAGCUGGUGUUCUUGGUGCUUGGCCAGCAGCCUGUAAUCUCCCAGGAGGGCAGGACUCGUGCCCCCACCUUGUCCCCGGACUUCCCCGAGCAGCAGGCCUUCCUGAUCCAGCCUCAUACCAGCACAGUACCUCCUACCUCACCCAGCAUCCCUUCUUCACCCACACAAGCCACCUCUGUGCCCCCAGCGCAGGCUCAGGAAAAUCAGCAGGCCAGUGGCCGUGUGUCUCAGGACCAAGAGGAACCUGUCUUCCUGGAGAGCACAGCCAGAGCACCUGCUGAGGAUGAGACCCAGUCUGUCGACUCAGAGGACAGCUUUGUCCCGGGCCGGAGGGCCUCUCUGUCUGACUUGACCGACCUGGAGGACAUUGAAGGUCUGACUGUGCGGCAGCUGAAAGAGAUUCUGGCUCGCAACUUCGUCAACUACAAGGGCUGCUGUGAGAAGUGGGAGCUGAUGGAGAAGGUGACGCGGCUGUACAAGGAUCAGAAAGGACUCCAGCACCUGGUGUGCAGUGCUGAGGACCAAAACGGCGGAGCAGUGCCAUCCAGCCUGGAGGAGAACCUGUGUAGGAUCUGCAUGGACUCGCCCAUUGACUGUGUUCUGCUGGAGUGUGGCCACAUGGUAACCUGUACCAAGUGUGGCAAGCGCAUGAAUGAGUGUCCCAUCUGCCGGCAGUACGUGAUACGAGCCGUGCAUGUCUUCCGAUCCUGAGGGCUUGUACCGGCUUCUUCAGUGCCUUAUAGGGACAUAGCUCAAGGUGUCUGGGCUCAGGGUUGGCCAGCUUGCAGAGGGGCAGGCUAACAAGAAAAUUUGCAGUGUUCCCAAGACCAGAGCAAACAAAGAUGCUGUGUCACCUCUGGGCAUACCGGUCUUGCCAUAGAGAUGCACCUCUUGGCUGACAGAGCCCGGGGCCAGUGGGAAGUGGUACAGAUUGCAUGGGCAAGUCUGUUUCAAUGAUCUUGGGGUGAUGAUGGUAAUUGAUGAAGAGAGGACUUUCCAGAAUUUGGACCGUAUCUUUCUUACUCUGAGAACCUGAACACAGUUUCAGCCUUCCUCCUGUACCCCACCUACCCCCCGAGCUGCUUGCCUCUGUUUCACCUAUCAGAAGGCCUGAUAGAAAUGGUUCUCUUCCUCCCCAUCCUCCCCAGCACAUCUGGAUUUAUUUCUGGUCUCUCUGGCUUCCUGUGCUUUAACCUCCCUUUGCUCAAGUGUCUUGCUACAUUGCCUAAAAUCCGUUUGUUUCUUCAGACCAAAAAGAUGUUAGCUUACGAGACCAAUAGUGAUCCUCCUUAGGACAGAAUUUGGACCAGUAAGCCUCUCUCUGGUAAGAAGUGAAGCACAAAUGCUAUUGAAAAAUUUCAAAGUCGUUAAGAGUUGCUUCCUUAAGUGCUGGGAUUAGAAGCUAUCAGUUUCCUGACCUGACCUUGGGAGCCAAGAGAAGCGUCUGGUCCCAGACUGCUGGGAAACUCCGGUCUCUGUGUGUGAGACAUGGUGCAUGGAGCAUCUCUGCUGCUGCUUUUGGGGCCUCACUUGUGCCAUCAUUGAUUUUAGUUUAUGAGAAAAAGGGAAAGUGUUGGGUGGAAGCAGUGCUUUCUGUUUAACUUUGACUUCUCCAACAGACAGAAGUCUUAAACCACUCUCCCCUGAGAAUGAAGUCCCUCUCUUUUCCACAGAAGUUUUAAACAUGGUCUCACUGAAGCUAUAGAGACUUAGGCAAAGAGCCUUGCUCUUCUGUAGCCAGACUUCUCAUGAAGUUCCUGGGGACCAAACACGUAAGACAGAGUAGCUAAGAGGUAUUAGAAGGUACUGAAUGAGGCUACAUUCAGCUCUUGAGCAGACAGCUGGAAGUCUUAAUUUCCCAGGUUGGUGGGGACUCCCUACUCCCAUUUCCUUUCUCAGCCUGCUGAUUUGGGGGCACGUCAGGAAGGAGCAUUCUCUAGGCCCUUUAGCAAGGACCAUACAAUGAGUAGGUGACAUUCUUGACCCCUCUUAGGGUCUUUACACCACUGGAAGAGCCAAAGGGCUUAAAGGUUUGCUGGAGAAGCUUAGCCAAGCACAAACAUACAUGGCUAUCAGAAGAGCUGUGUGUGCUGCCAUUACCAAAAUAGAUGAACUAUGCAAACCCUAAACACCUGAGGGCCUUGGCAGAGUUCCACCCCCCCCACCCCCCCCACCCGCCAAGAUCUCAGACUAGAAGAACCAAUCAUGACUUUGGAAACCAGUAGGAAACCUCUAAGGGGACCUAUUUAUUGGUACAGACAUACUUAUGCUUUCCCUCCAUUAUGAACCACUAAUCCCCUUUAGGAGAAUGGAAUAAUUUCAUAAAGUAGUCGUCAGCUGAACACUGGGCCACUUACCUCGACAUUAUACCAAGUCCUGGAUGAUUUGAUUCUGGGCCACAGCCUUUGUAGGAAUUGGGGAAAACGAGAUUUCCCUGUGAAGACAUCAUGUUUCACCUUUCUGCUGGACAGUAAAUACUAUAGUUUACAAUGCCUGCCAGUUUGCAAAGGAUUCAGCUACUCCUUGAUUCCACUGUGAGGCAGGUCUAUAUAUAUGCAACUCAGUUAAGAUCUAACAGUAACUUCACGGCAGAAGCUGGCUCUCUCCCUACUUAAAACUUGCUUUCUCUGUUGAGGCCUUACCUCUCCCUAUCUCCCAAUUUCUCUCCUAGACAUAAGUUAAAAAAUAACAUCCUGAUGGUUGGUUAGUAACGUCAGUAAGAAUUAGAACUGAUGUCAUUUACUCAUUUUAGAGAAAGAACUUGCCCUUAGGUCUUCUAACCUCUUUUGGUGAAGGUUUCCAUUUAGGAAAAAAGGUGUCAAACAACCCUCAUUUUUUUUUUGUAUUUUCUUUAUUAUUACACCAAAUAAAAGUUGAGAAUUCCAAAAUUCCAUUUCAAUUACUAUCUAACCUUAUAGAAAACGUGAUUUUUAUCCUUGACUGCUCCCUCCCGCCCCUCCUGGAUCCUUGGUCUUAAUUAUCAUGGAAACAUCUAAUUCUUCCAAUUAUUCCAUGGCUCUUGCUGUGAUUGUUCUGAGAUUUCAGUUGAGACUUGUUUUCAAAGACUUGGGGAGCUGACUGGUUUAGAAUACAUUGGACUAGUUGGAUGCAAACUAAUAAGAAUAAACUGUACAGAAAUCAGUGCUCAAUAUAUAUUGUAUAAAUUUGUUGAAAUCUUUUGGAUGUGAAUGUGUUACUUCAUGUGGCUUAUAUUAAGAUUCUUUCAGACUUACUUGGGUGUUAAAGCAAACCCAAAUGUGUAUUUUUUGUUACAGAGCUCUGCUUUAUAAUUUUGUAAUAAAGUUUCAAUAUAGA